ACCCUCGGCGAGCUCCACGAAGCUCUUUGGUCACCACAUCAAAUCCAAGUACGAUGAACAGAGGGGUCUACGGUGUUCAACAGCGUCAAGCUAAUAAUUUUAUGGGAGGAGGCGGUGGAGGAGGAGGAGGAGGACCCGUCGCACACCACAACCCACCGAACCAUCUAUCCAUCGGCACCAACACAAACAAUCAGGAUCCCGCCGCCAAAGCUUCUCGCAUCUUCAUCGGGAACCUCAACCCCCUGCAUGCCGACAGACAGAAGAUCUACGAGAUAUUCCGGGAGUAUGGUACCAUCACGGGCAUGUCCCUGCAGAAAGGGUAUGGAUUUAUUCAGUUCACGACUGAGCUGGAAGCCAGAGCUGCAGUGGAGGCAGAGCAUGGGAGGAGGCUAGGGACACACAACCCUCAACAUCUAGAUCUACGUGUUGCCAGUGAGCCGGAUGAUAGCAGACCAGUUGGAUUUAAGAGGGCCUUUGGAGAGUUCGCCAAUUUUGAGUUCUAUGACCCUGGCUUGUUACCUGCCCAACCGUCAGCUGCUAAGAGACGUAGAUUCCAAGAUACAGCAAUGGAUGAUGAAAGGAGUGGAGAUGAACCACCCGCAUGGGUGUGCUCCAUCUGUAAGCACGUUGAAGUCUCGCCCUGGGAGCUGAUGAAGCAUGCCGCAGCCAUCCACCAGCUACUCAUCUAUGAUCUGAAGUCAGGCAACAAGGGCAAGACUGGCAAUGGGAUCAUGUAAAGACUACACCACCACCUACACCUUGCCAACAUGCAGCUAAGGAAAUAAGGGACCACUCUUGAAAUGGGACCUUCAAGCCAGGAUGAGAUAGCUAAACAGUUAAGGUAGGGUAGGGAAAAGGAAGUAUGCCAUGGCGACUUAGUGGUGCAUUUAUAAAUUUGAAAAAGAAUGCUAAUUUAAUCCCUGGAAGGAAUCAAACUCCCAAAUAUAUAUUUAGAAUAUGUACCAUGGACAUACGUAUAAACAUGUGCAAAGUUCCUAGUGUGAGGAGUUGUUGGUGGGCGUCUUCGUACUAUUGAAGAUUUCUAGUUGUACUCCAACAGAAUAGAGUAGCUAAGAUACAAAAAAGGCAUUCAAUUGUGUGUCUCUACUGUAGCCCAUGUGAUAAAGGUAGAGGCCUGUAUUUACAUGUAGUUUACUCUUAGCUGAAAUGAAAUCUGUCCGCCAGGCUUAUGUUUUGAAAUGAUGAUAUCAUUAUGUUAAGUGUUGAAAUAUAAUCUUGUAGCUUCAUAUAAUGAUAGGUCAUGCUUUGUUUCACCUGUAAUCUGUAUUUGCCCUCCCUCCUCCCUUAAAUAUUUCUAGGAUUUUGUAGAGCAACAUAUACAAAUGCUCAAAUAAAUACGCUUAAUUCUGUCUAAAAAUUUGUUGGAUGGUUAGUCUUUCCAAUGAUGGAUAUUGGUUACAUAUUUUAAGUAAACCAGUAACUGAAGAAUAAAAGAUAGAAAAACUGAAUCAAAGAGAAGCUCUUCAGAAUGAAGAAGAAUAUAAUCUUUAAAACAGUGUCUUUAAAAAUUGAUAUAUUGUGUAACAUACAAAAGCAUAGCUAACUGUAUGAUACUGAGUGAGUUGUCUGUAUAAUUGUUUAGCUUUUAGAGUUAGAUCUAUAGUGCACCUUGGUCAAACCAGGCUAACGUAAUGUUCAAACUUUUCUUUCCUUUUU